AUGGAGUUUGAAAACGUAACAAUUAAGUCGGAAUUUAAUAUUGAAAUAAAAGUUGAGCCUGUAGAUGCUGAUAUAGAUGAUGAUGAAGAUGAUGAAUUAAGUGUCGAUAAUGAUGAAGACCCUAUAGACACAAAACUGACGACUCCGGAUACGAAGAAAGAUGAGACUCGUGUGCAAUGUCCGAAAUGUGAUCGUACUCUUAAAAAUAAUGCCAACUUAAAACAACAUUUACGUACAAUUCAUUUAAAGAAAUCCCAAGAAAUCCCAUGUCCACAAUGCCCCCGUACUUUCAAAUCAAGAGAGUAUUUAUCCAGCCAUAGACACGCUAUGCACAGAAACGACGGUGAAUUUCCUUGUCCGGAGUGUAAAAAAGUCUUUCAAAAUAAACGCAGACUUGGCAACCACGUAUUCUACACUCAUAAAGAUGUUACACCCUCAGAAUGCACGGAAUGUGGAAAAUCAUUCAAAGGGCAAAGAAAGCUCAAGUUGCACAUGCAAAAUGUGCACACAAUUAAGAAUAACAUUAGUUGUCCUUAUUGUGAUAAGGCGUUUAAACUGGAAACAUUAGUUAAAAAGCAUAUUAAUUACUGCCAUCUUCAAGAAGAUGUAAAUUACACGUGCCCAUGCGAUAUUGUCUUUAAUUCCACCAUACGAUACCAGAAACAUAUGCGAAAUGUACAUUCAACAGAACGGCCGAGAUGCCUUCUUUGCAAUAAGCAGUUUAAAACAAAGCAUAUAGGUAUUAGACAUGUACGUGUGUGCCAUAACAUUCAGGAGGAACUGCUGAGUUAUUUAACAUAUAAGGAUCUUCCCGAUUUAGAAAUUAAGGUUAAACCUGAAGAGUUUGAAUGUGAAAUAUGUUCAAAAAUAUUUCUUGAUAAAAUGAUAUUCCAACGACAUAUGAAAUCAACCCAUCCACCAAAAGAUGCAGAGGACUCUUGCGAUGUCUGUCACAAAACCUUCAAGUCAACUCUGCACGUACGCAUACAUAAAGAUGCUGUACAUCCGAAGUAUGGAAAAUUAAAGUGUGAUGAAUGUGACGCUACAUUUAUUUCGAAAAAGUAUUUAAUGCGCCACAAGUUGAGGCACAGGCCAAGUAAAGUUCAGUGUGAUUUGUGUAAUCGGUUUUACAAAUCUCAAGAGCAGUUUAGAAUACAUUUGAAUAGGGUACACAAGAAAUCUCAAAAAAAUGAGGACAACUAA